AUGGGCCAGCGUGGGGCGGGGGUGGGGGGCGGCGCGCCGGCCCGCCCCCAAGUUUCCCUGCCGCUGCGCCCGCGACAUGCCGCGCCGCACGUUGCUGCCUCCCGGCCCCGCCGCGACCUGGCCCGCCGCCAGCGGGUCAGCUGCUUCGGACCGAGCGCGGGAGGCUGCCGGCCAGAGUCCUCGCCGCGCCGCCGGCGGCGAAGCGUCGGGCCGCGGCACGCCCCCUGGGGCCUGGCAGGGGUCUUCCCUCUGGCGUCCCAUUCCUUGCUCUUCCUGUGCAGUGAGAACCCCUUCGUUCCUCUCUGCCUGCCCUCCAUGGCCCCGAGGCGCAGGCCCCAGCGCUUGCAUGGCCUGCACCACCCUAGCACCUCCGUGGCCCCACGUCGAAUGGAGGAGACGCACAAGGGAGGCCUCAAGUGCGCGCGCGCGGGAGCCGGCGCCGCGCGGGCGGGGGAGCGGCUGCGGGUACGCGUGCGCGUGCGGUGCCGGCCCCGAGCGCGCUCGCAGGGCUCCGGAGCAAGCGGCUCUUCUGUGCGCCCAGGGCCACCCAGCAGGCAGGACGUGGGCUACGUGAGGGGCCAGCGGAGGCGGCUGCUUCGGCCGGCAGCUGCCUGCCCAGCUCAAGGGGCCAAGGCCGGGAGGCUGGGCUGUGGGGUCCAUUGUCUGGCGAGCACAGACUCAGCAGCAGCCGGCAGCGGGCUCUUGGCAGAAGCUCUGGUCCUGCUCCCCCCACGCAGGCACGCCCUGGCCCGCACGUCCUCGCCUGGGCCUCCAGCCACCAUGGUACUGUCCGCUGUGCUGGCCACUGCUGCGGCUGUCCUCCAGGGGGCACUGCUUGGGCACCUGGGAAGUCCUUGCAGGAGGGAUCCAGCAGCCCUGGGGGGUGACAGUGAACCUCCUGAAAAGGGCAUGUCGGAAAUGCAAGAGCGCUCCAAGCAGAGGGCUUUACAGGGUUCGGAACAGAAUAGGAGACCCCAAAGACAGAAACUGCAUGUGUCCAGCACAGGAAAUCUCAUAUUGGUGAACGUAAUUAUUGUGGUGGGGCGGACAGUGGCGGUGGUGGUCACCGUGGUGGAGGCCACGGUGGGUGUGAUGACGGUGGCCGUGUGGUGGUGA